AUGGCCCCGAGGAAGAACAAGCAACUCAUGUACUUGAACAUGACGGAGAGCCAAGCACGCGCGGCGCUCAUUGGAAAGGACGGUCUCUUGACGUACGACUUCGAGGCCGUGCUGACGGAGGUCUUUCUCUCGUUUCUGGACAACUCAACGGACCGGAGUCUGACGCUGGACAAGCUCCGGGACUUUAGCAGGAUGUGCAACGGAGGCAGAGCUUUCUCCGACGAGGAGAUCAAGGAGAUCCAGACGUAUUUCGAGUGUGACGAGAACCAGGGACUGACGCUCAAGGGCUUCAAAGACAUGUACCAUACGCAGUCUAGUGCCGAGCCUCUCGAGACGUGGCGAGACCUGAAGAAGCUCGGCUUUGAAAAGUCGAUGCUGGACAGACGCGAGGCGUCAUUGCGCUGCCGCGUGUGCAAGGAGCCAUCGACGCUCAUGUGCUCGCGCUGCAAGGCUGUAAGAUACUGUGGCAUUGAUUGCCAGAAACAAGCGUGGAAGACCUCUCACAAGCAGAGGUGCAGGGCGCCCAUGGUCUAA